AUGACAGAAACAGUGAGGAGUAUGAUCUGGAAAGGAUCUCUCACCGUGGAAGUGUCUUUGAUAGCUCUGGAAACCGUGCAAUCGAUAGUGCCGAAGUUGUACAUCAAGGUGCUAAGAAACGGAUACUUCCCAAUGUACUAUGAGCAAAUGAUCCAAUUUUUCCAGAGUUAUUGCGAGAGCGAAAUACAAUUCAAGAACGUCUGGCUAGAAUACGAAGAAGUUCCUUUGAAAUGGAAUUACACCAUAGGGAUGUUGUACGACUACGUAAUGGGGCUUGAUGGUUCCAAUCAUUCAUUGUGGAAGCUUUCGGUGCACGUAUCAGAUUACCCCCAAGACUACUUGUUGCCACUACAAAGCUUGGAUACGCUCAAGUCAUACUGGAUGAACCUGAUCAAGGAAAGCUGUUUCAUCACUUACAACUCUGCCAAAAAAAUCAUGAACUUGUCAAGAGAAGAAUCCAACAAUUUGUGGGAUUUCGCGAGAGCUGGCAACUAUGAGGGGUUCAAGAAGAUUUACUACAAGAAAAUCGUGCCCCAAAGCCUGGCAGAAGUAAGGAGAGUGCCAGUUAAGGUCUAUCUCCCAUACUCAAACAAGAAUAUCAUUAUUCGAGAACCAAUUUCCCCAAGAAAUGGCACUGGCGAUGUCGUCACAUUGCAUGAGUUGCUUGAGAAGUGUCUCCCAGACCUUUUUCUGCAGGCACCUAACAAGAAGGAUUUGGGCAUUGCCAUGGUCCAAGGGGCCUCUGUACCCACACAAGCUCCUUUGUGGGAGGCUUUCGAGUGCUUAGGAACCAUCGAUGGCUUUCUACAUGUGGUAGUGGUGGUGGAUUUGUGA